AUGACGGAAGCCGAAGAUAAUAUAAUGGACAACUCAAUCUCCAAUUAUAAGGAAGAAAUGGAUCUUAAAGAUCAAGAUGCAUCAAAAGCCGCAUCAUCAAUCCAAGAAUUUGAAUCAGCCAUUAAAACAAAAGCUGACAAUCAAAAAUGUACGGAAAUCGAUGAUAAGACAGAUCACAAUUGGUAUCCACCUUCAAAAAUUAAGAAACCAAAGAAAGUUCUCACGGAUAUAAAAAAACAUUCAACACGCAACCAAACAUCAAUGCACACGUUUAUAGAGAAAAAAGUCGCAACUUACGAUGCUUACAUUCCAAUUAAUGAUAUAAACUUCUAUGACUCGUUUGAUGAUAAACUUGCCUUCAUCGAACUUAACGUACGUAACUUCUCAGACUACGCUGAAGUAGAAUACAAUGCGACUGAUAAACACAUUAUUAUAAAGAACUACGCAAUUGGUGGAAUGAGACGCAUGGUACGAUUGUUUAAUCAUUUUUUCAAGGACAGCAACCUUAAAAUGAAAGAAAAGAAGUACUAUACGCUACAUGGUCAACGAAUUUCUAGUAGAGAGUUCAAAAUUUUGGAAGUACCUAACAAUAUAGAUAGAACUAGCAUAGAAAGUAGCAUUAGACGCUUACUGCAUGGUAGCCCUUUUUUCAUAACGGACAAAAGUUUUAAAUACAGGUCAGAGAAUACUAUGACUGUUUACUUCACAGUAAAGGACGAAUACGCAAGACAGCUGUUGAAGAAUGUAUGGUCCAUUGAUAUUGAAAACUAUAUUUACCGUCUUGGCCCUGCGCAUUUCAAAGCUAGUGAUUUUGAUGAAAGAAAGAAGCAUAGAGGUGAAUUUAUAGGUUUUGGAAAAGAGCAUACAGCGGCGAAAGCAUUGGAAAUUACUGCUCCUUUUAACCCCAAAAGCGCAUUCAAGCAGAGCCCAGACAAGAUCAUUGUGGAAUUUCAAAACGAGGCUGACCUCUUUAAUGCUUGUGACAAGAAUUAUCACUUUAGCGAUUUCAAUAUCAAAGGACACCCAUUAGGUUACAACUGGCCACAAAGGGACCGCGCCAUAAGUAAAUUAAAGAAGUUACAACUUGACAAGAGCAAUCACACACCUGACAAAUCCAAUCAAACACAAUUAGUAGACUUACACGAAACAGCGGCAAACCAUGAUGAUGAUUCCAAAGAGAAGGUGAAUAAUAAACCUCAUAUACAAGGUCAAUACAUAACCCUUGGUAGACAUACCCACCGGAAUCAGAGAUUCAAGAAUAAUCAUAAUUCGAAAAAUCACAACAUCACCAAAAAAAACUUAGAUAAUAUACCAUCUUGCGCCAGUGGAUCUAACAAAAUCCCGCUAGGCCUUAAAUCUCACUGCUCUAUGAACAACAACAAAGACAACAUAAUCAUUUCGGAUAAUACUUCCUCUGAUACUUCAAGCACAAAUAGUAAUACACCUAAUAAUCAAAAUCGCCAAGGGGACUGGGAUGAAGUGAUGAGUCUCUGCUAA